AGCAGGUCUUCUCUCAACUUUGAUCAUCCCUAUCUGUGUACUCUCACUGGAAUUAUCGCUGGACGAUGUUUUUCCACAAAGUUUCUUCGUUCUCUUCCGCGUCGACGCUUGUUCUUUUACUCGCUUUCACCAAUACGGCAGACGCUCUGGCCCUGCCGCCCACGGCGGUUUUGAAGAGGGCAUCCGGAAUUGACGCAAUCGCUCAGCCCGCGGCCAAUGCGAGGUCUCUACCUUUUAUGAUUCGCGAUGUAUGGUCGCCCAAUAUCACAUCGCCGGAUAGCAGCACUGUUUGGAAAGUGAAUGACCAUGCCGAUGUUACGUGGAUCACCACUGGCGCGCCCGCUCAGAUUACCAACCCCAAUGGCACGAUAUUGUUAGGCCAUAUGAGUGACAAUGGGAGCGAGAACCUUGAUCUUCAGCAUCCUUUGGCAUCAUACGUCAAUCUCACCCUAGGCAAGGCGACCAUAGAAGUUCCCGACGUUCCGACCGGGCGUUAUAUCAUUGUCUUGAUGGGUGAUUCGGGCAAUCGCAGUCCGGAAUUCAUGAUUCAAUCUGGCUCCGGUGGUGCGGCAAGUAAUAACUCUUCCGAUACUUCGAGUACCCCCACCGAUUCCUCGAGUGAUUCUGCGUCUGACCCUCCGAAUACCGAUGCCGCUUGAUAGUGCUUUUAGCGCGAUAGAUUCUGUAGUACACUCUGUCCUGAAUAUGUCCCGAAAAUGAUAUUUCUUGUACAAGGUCUA